AUGGCAGGCUCUUUUGCUGUUUUUGAAGCUUUAGGAAUUAAAAAUACUUUUGAUGUUUCUUCUAAUGUAUUUUACCCAAUGUAUCUUCAAUUUCUUGAUUUUGGAGGAAAGCCUCUUGAUGUUACUAAAGUACCAGGUCAGAAUAAUAAGAAUAAAUGUCUUAGGAAGUAUCAGAUUUAGAAGCUCAAUAAUGUACUUAAUUUGUAAUUUUCUUUGUGGAAUUAUUUUAGUUUUGGUCUUGUAU